UCUCUUUACCGGAGGCGUUAUUGAAAGUGAAAUGACAGUCACUAAGUCGGUCUGUCAGCUAUUUGGAACCGUCUGAUCUUCCUUCUGGAGGGAUGUUGAACAGUGGGUGACCAGAGGUUGUGUGAUGUGAGGGGCCGGUGUAUGCAUGUGUGGGGGGUGUAUGCGUGUAUGUGUGCGCGUGUGUGUGCGGGACACUCUGAAUAGCCAUGAGCGAGGUUGGGGAUUCGAAGGACCCCGUGGGUGGGUCGGCGACGGGGACGGUUCGGCCGUGCGGGCGGCAGCGAUACCGGAGCAGUGCCCACUCCCAGGGCCUCUUGGACGGGCUGCUGGCACUCAGGGACGGGGGGAUACUGUUUGACGUGGUGCUACUGGUGGAGGGGAAGCCAAUCCCAGCCCAUCGCAUCCUUCUGGCGGCUUCCUGUGACUACUUCAGGGGGAUGUUUGCAGGGGGGUUGAGAGAGAUGCAGCAGGCGGAGAUCCCAGUGCACGGAGUCACCUACACGGCCAUGAGCAAACUACUGGACUUCAUCUACACCGCCGAGAUCGAGCUGAACCUGGACAACGUGCAGGAGGUUCUGUGCGCCGCCACGCUCCUGCAGGUUCAGGACGUGAUUGGCUUCUGCUGCGACUUCCUCUUCUCCUGGUUGGACGACGAGAACAUCCUGGAGCUGGAGAAGCUGGCGGACGUGUACGGCCUGGAGCAGCUGGAGCAGAAGCUGCGUUUGUACCUGCUGAAGAACAUCGAGACCUUCUCGCGCACAGCCGUUUACCGACAGCUGCCCGCAGACAAGGUGUUCGGCGUUCUGUCCAGCGACGAGCUGGAGGUCAGCUCCGAGAACGAGGUGUACGAGGCCGCGCUGCAUUACCACUACAGUCCGGAGCAGGUGGCCAGGGAUCAGGUCUGCCUCAAGGAGCCGCUGCGGAUGUUGGAGGCCGUGCGUUUCUGUCUGAUGGAGCAUCACAUUCUGCUAAGGCUGCACAGCCGACUCAAAGACUGUCCGCUCCGCGAGUGUGUCGCCAAGGCGCUGCGUUACCACAGCGAGGAGCUCUGGCAGCCCAUCAUGCAGACCCCGCUGACUCAGCCCCGUUCCAGCACGCACUGCAUCCUGGGAUUUGGAGGCAUGUUCUCUUCGGGGACCAUGGCGGACAAUGAGGAGCGUUUCCACGUCUUCCACCAGAGCUGGAGCGAGUGGAGGGGGGUGGUGACCAACUGCGCCCCCCGAAUGUCGAACAUGGGCAUCGCCGUCUUCAAUAACUUCAUUUACCUGGUGGGAGGGGACAAGAACACCAGCGGGUUCCGCGCCGAGUCUCGAUGUUGGAGGUACGACCCCCGCCAUAACGCCUGGUGCAGCAUCCGACCCUUGCUCCAGCAGCACGCCGACCACUGCGUGUGUGUGUUGGGCGGCCACAUCUACGCCAUCGGCGGGAGGGACUACAGCACCGAGCUGGACUGCGUGGAACGCUACGAUCCCCAGACGAACACCUGGGAGUAUGUUAGUCCUCUGAGACGGGAGGUACACGCUCAUGCAGGAGCAGUGGUUGAUGGGAAGAUUUACAUCGCGUGCGGACGGAGGGGGAUGGCAUACCUGAAAGAGACGUACUGCUACGAUCCCCGUGACAACCAGUGGACGGCGCGCUCCGACAGCCCCGUGGAGAGGGCGUGGCACGGGAUGGCCGCUGUUAACGGACGAGCGUACGUGAUUGGCGGAAGCAACGACGGAUUCGGCUAUCGAAGAGACGUGCUGAAGGUGGGAUGCUAUAACCCUGGCACAGACAGCUGGUCAGUGGUGUGCCCGCUGCCUGCCGGUCACGGGGAGCCUGGCAUCGCGGUGCUGGACAGGCGGAUCUACGUCCUGGGCGGCCGAUCCCACGACAAGGGCAGUCGUAUGAAAUACGUCCAUAUCUACGACCCGGAAGAAGACCGCUGGGAGAGCGGCCCGAUGCUGGAGGACAGGGUGUCGGGGGUGGCGGCCUGCGUGGCCCUGUUGCCCCGGGCAACCAUGGCCCUGGCGCGGAGCUGGAAGCAACAGGCCAAAGCAUCAUGGGAGGAAGUGGACUGGGACGAUUCAGAAAACUCCAGCGAAGACUGACACCUGUGUGUGUGUGUCUGUAUCUGGGUGUGUGUGUUUGAGCCUGUGCA